AAAUAGGGCUCGAGGCGAACCAACUCUGAACUCAAACCACUCUUGAAUCACAGCGAUGAUUGGCCCUCACCGCCGUCCAUGUCGCGCUAAGUCACGGCGCAUGGCUUCCUCUCUGUCCCUACUUCUCCUUGCGUUCUUUGCUAUAAUAUGUUUAUGCCCCGUUGCCACAGCGCAAGACAGUUCAAAGAACAGCGAGUAUGGCACUGUCAUUGGAAUUGACUUGGGAACAACUUAUUCAUGUGUUGGUGUUCAACGCGGUGGUCGUGUCGAAAUUAUUGCCAACGACCAGGGUCAUCGUAUAACACCUUCGUGGGUUGGCUUCACAGAUGACGAGCGGCUUGUCGGCGACAGCGCCAAGAACGCAUUCCACUCUAACCCUACCAAUACUGUCUUCGAUGCCAAACGUCUGAUUGGCCGCAAGAUGGAUGAUCUUGAACUCAAGCGGGACAUGAAGCACUGGCCCUUCUCCGUUGUCGACAAGGGUGGUAAACCCGCUAUCUCGAUAGCCUACAAGGGCGAGACGCGCCAAUUUACACCAGAGGAGAUUAGCGCUAUGAUCCUGACAAAGAUGAAGGAGACUGCCGAGGCUUACCUUGGCGAGACGGUCACUCACGCAGUUGUCACUGUCCCAGCAUACUUCAAUGAUGCACAGCGUCAAGCUACCAAGGACGCCGGUACAAUUGCUGGACUGCAGGUUCUUCGUAUCAUCAACGAGCCCACUGCUGCCGCUAUCGCUUACGGUCUCAACAAGAAGGGUGGCGAGUCGCAAAUCAUUGUGUAUGACCUUGGCGGUGGAACUUUUGAUGUCUCCCUGCUUUCGAUUGACGAUGGUGUCUUCGAGGUCUUGGCAACUGCAGGCGACACCCACCUUGGUGGUGAGGACUUUGACAACCGCGUUAUUGACUACUUGGUCAAACAAUACAAGAAGAAGACUGGAACAGAUGUCACCACCAACCUCCGUGCCAUGGGCAAGCUCAAGCGUGAGGUCGAAAAGGCCAAGCGUACUCUCUCUAGUCAGCAGUCUACUCGCAUUGAAAUCGAGUCAUUCGAGGAUGGCAAUGACUUCUCGGAGACGCUUACUCGUGCCAAGUUCGAGGAGCUCAACAUGGACUUGUUCCGUAAGACUAUGAAGCCUGUCGAGCAAGUGCUCAAGGAUGCCAAAGUCAACAAGGAAAACAUCGACGAGGUUGUCCUUGUUGGUGGUUCGACCCGUAUUCCCAAGGUUCAACAACUCCUGAAGGAAUACUUCGGCAAAGAACCAUCAAAGGGUAUCAACCCCGAUGAGGCUGUUGCUUACGGUGCCGCUGUCCAGGGUGGUAUCCUCUCUGGUGAGGAGGGCACUGAGGAUGUUGUGUUGGUCGAUGUCUGCCCCUUGACCCUUGGAAUUGAGACUACCGGGGGUGUUUUCACUAAGCUUAUUCCUCGCAACACUGUCAUUCCUACGCGCAAAUCGCAGAUCUUCUCCACUGCUGCUGACAACCAGCCCACUGUCCUGAUCCAGGUCUUCGAGGGUGAGCGUUCGCUGACCAAGGACAACAACCUCCUCGGCAAGUUUGAGCUUUCGAGUAUUCCCCCUGCCCCUCGUGGUGUUCCUCAAAUUGAGGUCACAUUUGAGAUUGAUGCCAACGGUAUCAUGAAGGUCGGAGCUGCCGACAAGGGAACUGGUAAAUCUGAGUCCAUCACCAUUACCAACGAGAAGGGUCGUCUCUCCAAGGAGGACAUUGAGCGCAUGGUCCGUGAGGCGGAAGAUUUCGCCUCAGAGGACGAAGCCAACCGCAAGCGCAUUGAGUCCCUCAACGCCCUCUCCACCUUCGUCUACGGCCUCAAGUCACAACUCGGCGACCAAUCCGGUCUCGGCGGCAAGAUCAGCGAUGACGACAAGAAGACCAUCCUGGCUGCCAUCAAGGAAGCCACGGAGUGGAUCGAUGACAAUGGCCAGAGCGCUACCACUGAGGAGUUUGAGGAGAAGUUGUCGGAAAUCCAGAGCGUCGUCAGCCCCAUCACGAGCAAGCUCUACAGUGGAGGUGGGAGCGAGCCUGAGGAUGAUACUUAUUAUGAUCACGAUGAGCUGUGAGGCGGCACGGGAUGGGCGUGGAUGGUCCCGACAAAAGUUGUAUGUCAGUAUUGGUAGCAUAGAGUCACCUAUUUCAAUGGACGUAUUCCAAACGACUUAUUUUGUCUUGCACGAGGACUCUGUAAAUUAUGGUUGGCCAG